UUGGCAACGUUGCGUCAAAUCGCGUCGCAAACGCAAGUUGCAGUACAUGUUUCUCUUUCUUUGUGGUUGGUUUUCGAGUUGUUUGCUUUAAGAAAAACGGACAAAAUCCCGUGAAUUUAGUCACCUAUCCAACAGAAAAAGUUGUACGUUUUGGCCCGUUCUUUGCUGGUAAAAAAUCAAGUUCCCAACGUGUGAUUUGGUACUGCAAGUCAGCUGAAAGCUGAAUUCCAAGUAGCAAUCAUGGCAAAAAUGGCGUUUCAACACCAGGCGGGUACCGCAAUGGAGUGCCUAAGCAUUCCUAUAACAUUGCACAAAGAAAAAGACGUAGAUGAGGAAGGGCGCGAGGUUCUCAAAUGUGGGUUCAAAAUCGGUGGCGGAAUCGACCAGGACUUCAAGAAGAGUCCUCAAGGAUAUACGGAUUAUGGGAUCUAUGUAACCGAAGUUCACGAAGGCAGUCCGGCGGCGAAGUCAGGGCUGCGAAUGCAUGACAAAAUUCUACAGUGCAAUGGGUAUGAUUUCACUAUGGUCACACAUAAGAAAGCAGUGAGCUACAUUAGAAAAAAUCCUGUACUCAACUUGUUGGUUGCACGGAAAGGAGUUACCUCUACAUAAAUUUGUUGGUUGGUUAGGAAGGAAAACCGUGAUGUGUUACUGUAAGUAUUUUAGACAGUGGAAAGAAGUUGGUUCACUAGGGAAAUCAUCUUCGCCAACGCUACGUUUCGCAAUUCAGUUGAAUUUCCCAAACGAUUCAUAAAUCUGUGUCACCCGAUGGCACAUUCUAGUGGCAGUGAUAUAGUUAAGGGUUAAUACAGUGCUGCCAAAUUCCAUCCAUAUAUUGUCGUCUGGUUGGACUUUAACGUUGUUUAUAGUACGUAGUAUUAUCUUCAGUUACAAUGUAUUGAGCGACAUAACAUUAAACAUUCGCAACGAAAAGCAGUGGUUUAAGUAGGAAUCAUUCAUAAAGAAGCAAUCAAAGCGGAACACUUGCUGUUUUCUAUUUUGUUGCAUUGGUACUAGUAGAAUUACGUGACAUUACAUUAAGUUUUAUACAGGUAAUAGAUAUAGUGUGUGCAUAUAUUACACAAACCUAUUUUUUAACAAAAAUAAAUUAUGCCAAAGGAA